CUUCCUGCACCAAAGCGGAACUCAUGCAUCCGGUCCCGUAACGACUUUACGCCCAUCCAUCAUCAAUCCCCUGCUCUCAGGGGCCCUCCCCGCCCCGCGGUGUCGCUGUAGACGCACGUCCUGUCUGCGGUGCACACCCAGUACGCACACACAAGCGCAACAGGUGUAACUUCUUCACUAGCAACGAUACUUGCAGCGCACAGUAAUACAUUCACCACCACUUUCCUUUGGGUCAGAAUGAACCGCGGACGGUGAGGAGUUUUGGUGCGGCUGCAGAAGUUAACCCGCUGUAGUCACCAAGCCUCAUGUGAUCGCUGACUCAGACAAGCAGCCCGGCAGCAGCCAGAGACAACCAGCCAGCCAGCAGCCAGGCAACCAGACAACCAGCCAGCCAGCCAGCCAGCAGCCAGCCAGCAGCCAGACAACCCUAUAGCCCACAGCCCCCAGCGCUCUAUCCCCCCCAGCUCCCAGCAUGAAGCCCCCCCAGCAGGUUGACAUCCGGGCGGCGCUCCUCCUGUCCGCCUCCUUCCACUUCCUGUGCAGCGUGGGGCAGGGCUGCUUGCUGCCGUUCCUCACGCUCUACCUCCGGCGCCUGGGCCUGGGCGCUGCCGCCACCGGGGGCGUCAUGGCGACCCGCCACCUGACCACAUUGCUCUGGAGCCCGCUGGCUGGAGCGCUGACCCGGCGCUACGACAAGAGGCGGCUGGCGGCGGUGCUCUCCCUGGUGGGCUCGGCCGCCAUGGCUCUGCUGAUCCCCUUCAUCCCCCCCCUCGACGGCCGCGCUCUGGGUGGCCGCUGCAACGCCACUGCGGCUAGCAUUGGUUCUAGUGUUAGCAUUAGCCCCGGUGCUAGCAUUAGCCCCGGCGUUAGCGUUAGCAUUAGCCAUGGUGUUAGGUCUAGCAUCAGCCCCGGCACUAGCAUUAGCCCCGGUGCUAGCAUUGGCCCUGGAGUUAGCGUUAGCAUUAGCCCUGGUGUUAGAGUUAGCCUGACCACCUUCCCCGCGCGCCAGCCGCUCUCCAGCUCCUCGGUGGGAGGGGUCCCCCCCAGCGCCCUGCCUGCCGCGGGGCUGCUGAGCAACGCCCCCUCUGAGGGUCAGCUGGCGGCCAACGGUACGCUGGGGGGGGCAGGGAGUGGCAACAAGUCGGUCGUCAACGGGCACCGGGCCCCGGGCCCUGCCCUGAGCCACCGGUCGCUUGACGUCCCGAGCCCAGCGGGGGCUGGAGGGGGGGGGGGGGGGGGGGGGGGUGAGGAGGACAGGGGCUUCCUGAGCGGGCUGAAGGGCGUGGCAGCGCGGCAGCAGCUCCUCCUGCUGCUUCUGAUGGGCGUGGUUGCGUGGGAGCUGCUUGCGGCGCCGCUGGCCUGGGCGGUGGAGGACGGUCUCCACGACUACCUGGACGCGGUGGACGCCGCAGAUCGUCACGGCAACGCGCCCACCUGGGGCCGGCUGGGCGCGGCACUCGGCGCCGGGGGGGCGGGGAUCCUGGUGAGCCGGCUGCCCUGCUUCCUGGUGGGCGAUCACGUGACCCGCGGCGCCACCCACUUCUUCCUCUACGCUGCGCUGGCCGCGCCCACGCUGUUGGUGGGCUCCGCCCUCCUGCCGCUUCUGCACCUGGACAGGAAGCGGGCGCGCGGGGGCGGGCUCAUGAGGGCCCUGCGGCUGGUCGGGGGCCGCCCCGGGGGCCCGCUCUGUGCUGCCGUUGCCCUGCUGGGCGCCGCGGGCGGCGCCGCGCUUGAAGACUUCCUGCUGUGGGCCAUGGAGGACGCGGGCGCGGGCGAGCUGCACAUGGGCGUGGGCGUGGCUCUGGGCUCACUGAGCGAGGCGGCCUUCCCCCUCCUGCUGGGCCUGUGCUCGCGGCCCCCUGGCCCCUGGGGGCCCCUGAUGGCCGGGGCGGGGGCCCUGGCUCUGACGUGCCUGUACUGCUCCUUCCUGUGGGGCCCCUGGGCCGCGCUACCCGCCCAGCUGCUGCGGGGCCUCGGCGCGGGGACCCUGUGGUGGGGGGUCGGGGCGCAGGCGGAGGAGGUGGGGGCAGGGGGGGCGGGGCUUGGCGUGCAGCGGGUGUACGGCUGGCUGUGCGCCGGGCUGGGGGCAGUCCUCGGGUCCCUGGGGGCGGGGUUUGUGGCAGAGCGGUGGGGGGUGCGCUGGCUGCUGCGGGGCGUGGCCCUGGGCGUGGCCGCGUGCUGCGUGCUCCUCCCCCUGCUCCGGUGGCGGACGCCGCAGCAGCGCCGCAUCAACUACUCCCGCCUCCUGGCGGCGGACGAGAGCGAGGACAGCGGCUCGGAGGAAGAGCCGGAGACGGACUGGCUGGACCGCGCCCUGGAGGUGGACCGCGCCCUGGAGGCGAACCUCGCCCUCCAAGACCAUACCCUCAAAGGGGAUCGGCACCGGCAGAACCUCUCUGGGAGGAGGGGCCACCUCUGAGGGAAGGGGCCACCUCUGAGGGGAGGGGCCACCUCUGGGAGGAGGGGCCACCUCUGGGAGGAGGGGCCACCUCUGGGAGGAGGGGCCACCUCUGGGAGGAAGGGCCACCUCUGGGAGGAAGGGCCACCUCUGGGAGGAAGGGCCACCUCUGAGAGGAAGGGCGACCUCUGAGAGGAGGAGACACCUCUGGGAGGGGAAUUAGGAUAACUGUCAUGUUACUGCUUUCUGACAAUGAAUGUGAUUCUGUGGGUUUCAUAGUAAAAAUAAAAACGUAACUAUC